AUGCAAAAUCCAAACCCUGUUUGCAUAAGUUAAAUGCACAAAGAAGAUCAAAUCCUUCCACUUUCAUUUUCAAGCAUGAAGGAACCAGUGGCCAUGUGUGGUGUUUUAGCGGUGACAGUGUUGGCACUGGCAGCCACCACUACAUUAGCGGUCUCAACUACAACUAGCAUCGACACGACUUCAUCGGGGACCGACCCAACUAGAUUGAAGAGAGACACAACUACAUCAGAGAGAGACACGACUACAUCGGGUACUGAUGAAACUACACCAGGCAGCGACAGCACUACAUUGGCGAACGACAAAACGACAUCAGAGAGAGACACGACUACAUCGGGUACUGAUGAAACUACGGCAGGCAGCGACAGCACUACAUUGGCGAACGACACAACGACAUCAGACAGCGACCAAACUACAGGGAACGACACAAUUAGCAGUACAAGAAGUGAUGGCAACUUGUACUUAGAAAACGGAUCGCCCAAAAAGGCUGUGUCUGUUCUUGUGUACGUGACAGCGCUCCUACUGGCUGUGACUUUAAACUGUCAACCCACCUCCCCGGGAAGGCUGAUAGGACCAGCUGAUGUUGUCAUGGCGGGAUCGUCCACAGAGGGUUUGGCCUCAUCGUGUAGAGACGGUUGAUCUGACUGCACUUGUUUUAUAAACAAACUUAAUAUGGCGUUACACGAACGAUUGACAUGAUAUAAUUUAUAUACUGUUAUACGUAAUGACAUUAUAAAUAUAUUGAUUCUCCCCUGCACUCAGUCCCCGAUUGCAAGGUUCCCUAUUAGUAAUUGAAAAUGAAUUUGGAAUUUGAAUUCUCUUCAAGUCUUGAUUUAUUCCAUGUCAAGUACAGGACCGUACUGCCGAUACCAGCUACGACUCGUCCUUACCGAUACAACAUGAAGCACAUGAAAUACCUGUCCUCUACACACCAUG